AUGUUGGGGCUUAUUGCAAGGUUGAUGGUUGUUUUCUUGGGGUUGGUUUUGUCUAAAGCUUAUUCUCAAGAAAAUGAUUUGGUGACUUAUGGAAGUACUAUAUCUGUAUUACAUCAAAAUACAAAAUGUCACUUAUUUACCACAAAGAUAACUUGGGCAAAUGGGAAUCAGGCAGUGACCUGUAGCAAAGAAUCUGAAUCAGAAAGUUAUUUUUACAUUAGAGAAGCGGAUUCACCCUAUAAAGGAGCAGGUUUUCCAGUAUUAUGUGGGGAAUCAAUUCGUUUACUGCACUCAACUACAGGAAAGUUUGUACAAUCCAAUAAAUCUUCAAAGUCGAUGAUUAGUAGGCAAAUUGAAAUGUUUGGAGGUUCUGGUGAAUCCAGUAGUUAUUUCAAAGUAGAAUGUGAAAAGAAAAAUGCAGGACAGACUAUUGAUGUUAAAGAUAAAGUCAGAUUUUAUAACAUUGAAGCUAAAGGUUACCUUUCAGUUAGUAAAAGACAUAUCUUUGAUAACAGGAAUUGCCCAAGAUGUCCCAUUAUCGGCCAAUAUGAGGUAACCAUUGUGAAUAAAAGUAACAAUGAUGGUUUGUGGAGCUUUAACCCAAUUAUGAUGCUCCUACAUUCCUCUUCGGAGGAUCACCAGGCAAAUAAUCAUCGUGAAUCGAAGGACGAGCUUUAG